AUCGCCGUCCCUUUGGAGAGGUUCCUUAGAAAGCCCUCUCUCGUUUAUAUUUCUCCCGAAUCGAAGCCCUAAGUCCCAAUUCUUCUCCGAUCCCAGAUCGAGCUCCGUGUUUGUUCUUCAACUUGCCGAUCCAUCGCCGUUGUCUUAGUCGAAUCAAUCACGCCUUCUGCUCUUUCUCUUGUUCGAGGUGCGAUCGCGUCGAGCCGUGGGAUUUAGGGCUUUCAGGCAUGGGGUUGGAUCGAUGAAGGAUGCCGGAGUUGCGUAGCGGCGCGCGCAGGGGCCGGGCACAGGCGAAUCCGGUGGUACAGGCUGAGCGGCCGAGCACUAGGCGGAGGCGGGGGGCUAGGAACCAGCAGCAGCCGGUGGAUGAGAACCCGCCGACCCUGACGAGGCCAGCCGAGCGGAGGGAGGAGAUCGGGUUGGUCGAGGGCCGCGGCGAGGUCGGCGGCGAGGAGAACAGGGAAGGGGUCGGUGAGAGGAUGAUGAAUGACUGCGAUAGUGGGGCGAAGAGUGGGGGAAAGCUCCCUGGUGGAGAGGAGGAAGGGAGCACAGCCCCGCUUCCAGAAAAGGUACAAGUGAGCAAUUCACCGGUCUACAAAGUUGAAAGGAAGCUAGGGAAAGGAGGAUUUGGACAAGUAUAUGUUGGUCGCCGUAUUUCACCUAUCAAUGCAAAUGAUAGGACUACUGGUUCUAGUGCCAUAGAGGUAGCACUAAAGUUUGAGCAUAGGAGUAGUAAAGGAUGCAAUUAUGGUCCACCUUAUGAAUGGCAGGUCUACAACACUCUUGGUGGCAUCCAUGGUGUUCCACGAGUCCAUUACAAGGGUCGCCAAGGGGACUAUUAUAUUAUGAUUAUGGAUAUGCUGGGACCAAGUCUGUGGGAUGUAUGGAAUAAUAACUCCCACACAAUGUCUGUAGAGAUGGUUGCUUGUAUUGCCAUUGAAGCGAUCUCCAUAUUGGAAAAGAUGCAUUCAAAAGGAUAUGUGCAUGGGGAUGUAAAACCUGAGAAUUUUUUACUUGGUCCUGCUGGAACUUCUGAAGAAAAGAAACUCUUUCUUGUUGAUCUUGGCUUAGCCACCAAGUGGAAGGAUAGUUCAACCAGUCUGCAUGUUGAAUAUGAUCAACGGCCAGAUGUUUUUAGGGGGACAGUGCGUUAUGCUAGUGUUCAUGCUCACCUUGGGAGGACAGCAAGCAGGAGAGAUGACUUAGAAUCCCUUGCUUAUACACUAGUCUUUCUUCUCCGUGGUCGACUACCUUGGCAAGGUUACCAGGGAGAAAACAAAGGGUUCCUUGUCUGCAAGAAGAAGAUGGCUACAUCUCCAGAAUCUCUUAGUUGCUUUUGCCCGCAACCUUUCAAACGAUUUAUUGAGUACGUGGUCAACUUGAAAUUUGAUGAAGAACCUAACUAUGCAAAGUGCAUCUCUCUUUUUGAUGGCGUUGUUGGUCCUAAUCCAGAUAUUAGACCAAUUAACACUGAUGGAGCUCAAAGGCUUGUGUAUCAGGUCGGUCAAAAGAGAGGCCGUCUGAUGAUGGAAGAAGAAGAAGAAGAGCAACCCAGAAAGAAGAUUAGGAUGGGGAUGCCUGCUACACAAUGGAUCAGUGUUUAUAAUGCACGGAGACCUAUGAAGCAAAGGUACCAUUAUAAUGUAGCUGAUAUCAGGCUUGCACAGCAUACUGAGAAAGGCAAUGAAGAUGGCUUAUUCAUCAGUUGCGUAUCAUCUUCUUCAAAUCUUUGGGCCCUGAUUAUGGAUGCAGGCACUGGUUUCUCUGCUCAAGUGUAUGAGCUAUCUGCAAGUUUUCUUCAUAAAGAAUGGAUAAUGGAACAAUGGGAGAAAAACUAUUACAUUAGUUCCCUAGCAGGGGCAGACAAUGGUAGCUCCUUGGUGGUAAUGUCAAAAGGUACACCAUAUGCACAACAAUCUUACAAAGUCAGCGAGUCAUUUCCUUUCAAAUGGAUAAACAAAAAAUGGCGAGAAGGUUUUUAUGUCACUGCAAUGGCAACAGCUGGAAAUCGAUGGGCCGUUGUUAUGUCUCGUAAUGCAGGCUUCUUAGAACAGGUUGUUGAGCUUGACUUCCUAUACCCUAGUGAAGGCAUUCAUCGGAGAUGGGAUAGCGGUUACCGUAUAACUGCAACUGCUGCAACAUGGGACCAGGCAGCCUUUGUGCUAAGUGUACCUAGAAGGAAACCAGUGGAUGAAACACAAGAGACACUCAGAACAUCCGCUUUUCCUAGUCAGCAUGUGAAGGAGAAGUGGGCAAAAAAUCUGUAUCUUGCAUCUGUUUGUUACGGCCGCACAGUUUCUUGAAGUCGCCUAGCUUCAGUUGGAAUGACUGGACACCUCGCCCAUGCAACAAUCAUAUUUUCAUUUUCUGGAGGCUAUGCUAUUAUUAGACCUAGCUAAGGCACCUUUUCACCAUAUCUAUUAUAGGUGAUCAUUAACAGAUUGGUGCACAUCAGUGUCAAGUUUUGAGGAUGCCCUUGGUUGAGCUGUCAAAUUAUAUUUGAGCUGGGCAUCUUAAAUUACUUUUAGUCUUGUACAGUUAAAAGAUAAUUGCUUGGCUAGUACUUCUUAUUUUACUAGAGAGUUAAAACAUCUAUUAUGUGUGACCAUUUACUAACAGAGUUGGCUUUCCAUUUUGGUUU